CCGAACAGCGCUCUGGUGAGGCUAGGGGUUUGUGUCUCGGGCGUUUAUAUUCUAUUUACCACUUAACAUGAGAACAUGGUGCAUGUAACACAAAUAUUACCAGUAUUUUUAGGAUACCUCGCACUUCAGGUUACGGAGGUCCUUGCUGAACUAACAUCAGAACAAUGCAUAGACUUGGGCUUCAACAAAGCCAAUCUUCUCUGCUCCUAUUGCAAGGAGUUGCAAGAUUUCAGCUUAACAGCCUUGAGAGAUAACUGCUCCAAGUGCUGCACAGCCGACAGCGGCACCCCCGAGAUCCGGCGCUACCCGCGCGCGCUGCUCGAGGUCUGCGGAUGACGACUGGGGGCCUUCCCGCAGGUCCAGGCGUUCGUUAAGAGCGACCGACCUGCGCGGUACCCGGGUCUGCGGGUGAAGUACGUGCGCGGCGCCGACCCCGUCAUCAAGCUGAUGGACGAGGAGGAGCGCGUGCAGGAGACUCUUGCGAUUGACAAGUGGAACACCGACUCUGUCGAGGAGUUCCUUGGUCUCUAUCUGGAGUCGGCAGCCGAGGCCGACGAGCUUGACGACAACAGCAUCUCGAAGGAGGAGCUGUAGAGGGCCUACGGCGUCCUGGGGCGUCGCGCGGGCUCCGUGAUGUGCCGCUCGGCGGGCGGCGGCUUCCAAUGGGGCGGGUCGAGGUGGCGGGACACGCUGUCUUCUCUGGUGCCUCUGCUUCCCAAUGUGCCGGGUGUUUUUGCCGAGACGGCGCUCGGACACCACUGCCGGCGGUGAGGCCGCGCUGCGCGGGCGCCGGCUGGGGCGGUGCUGACUGGUAGUGUGUCUGUCUGACGGGCCCGCUCGUCCGGCCUUCCUGCCGUCCGCGGCGUUCUGCCGACGAGCGGGCGGACGUCGGGCGGUGGGAUGCAGGGCCGGUCCGCCGCCGCCGGCGCAGGAUGAAGGCCGGGCUGGAAGCGGCACUGCCGUCGGCCUGGCCGGAGGUAGCGCCGGCGGACGGGCGGACCGACCGAGCGUCCCACGCGCACUGGUCACCUUCUCCCGCCGGUCCCGAGCGGUACGGCGUCCCCCGGUCCCAUCUGAUGUGUGGCCGUGUCACAGGGAUAACUGCGGAAUGAAACUAUUUUUUGAUCGGGCUUCUGAAAAUAUAUUGACUGUUAAAA